AGCACCGGAUGUGUCCUCCCGCCAUGGCCGCCACCGCCUCUCCUCUGCCGCCCAUCACCAAGGUGGCCAGUUCUGAGAACAGCAGCUCCUUCUAUGACUAUGAGUACUACCUGCGCGACGUGACCUUCAUGCUCUGCAGGAAGGACGAGGUGCUGUCGUUUGGCAGAGUCUUUCUGCCACUCUUCUAUGGCCUGAUCUUUGUGCUGGGCCUGGGCGGGAACCUCCUUCUCCUAGUGGUCUUGCUCCGGUAUGUGCCUCGAAGGCGGAUGACCGAGAUCUAUCUGCUAAACCUGGCCAUCUCCAACCUCCUGUUUCUGGUGACGCUGCCCUUUUGGGGCAUCUCUGUGGCCUGGCAUUGGGUCUUUGGGAGUUUCUUAUGCAAGGUGGUGAGCACCCUCUACACCAUGAACUUCUACAGUGGCAUCUUCUUCAUCAGCUGCAUGAGCCUGGACAAGUACCUGGAGAUUGUUUGCGCUCAGCCCCACCACCGGCUGAGGACCCGGGCCAAGAGCCUGCUCCUCGCAGCUGUCGUGUGGGCUGUGGCCCUGGCUGUCUCCAUCCCCGACAUGGUCUUUGUGAGGACGCAUGAAAACGCCCCAGGCACGUGGGACUGCUUUGCGGAUUUUGGGGGGCAUGGGACCAUCUGGAAGCUGUUCCUCCGCUUCCAGCAGAACCUCCUGGGGUUUCUCCUCCCCCUGCUUGCCAUGAUCUUCUUCUAUUCCCGCAUUGGCUCCGUCCUGGCCAGGCUGAGGCCCCCAGGCCAGAGCCGGGCUCUGAGGAUGGCCAUAGGCCUGGUGGUGGCCUUCUUUGUGCUGUGGUUCCCAUACAGCGUCACCUUGUUUCUGCACUCGCUGCUGGACCUGCAAGUCUUUGGGGACUGCAAGGUCAGCCAGCACCUGGACUAUGCGCUGCAGGUGACAGAGAGCAUCGCCUUCCUCCACUGCUGCUUCACCCCCGUCCUCUAUGCGUUUUCCAGCCGCCGCUUCCGCCAGUACCUCAAGGCUUUCCUGGCCACUGUGCUCAGACGACACCAGGCUCCUUACCUGGCCCAGGCCCCACCGUCCAGCUAUUCUGAGAGUAGUAGGCUCAGUGGCCAAGGAGAUAUAACUGGCAUGGAUGACCUCGGGGAGAGGCAGGCUGAGGCCUCCCCCAACAAGGGGGACACAAGGAAAAAUUCAGCCUGAGUGGCCACACCACAGUCCAUGAG